AUGGCGGAACUAGAAUCAGAAGUGACCCGUGUGUGUAGAUCGAACAUCAGCUCAAAACAAACUCUCUUCUAUCCAUCGCCAAAUUUCGAUCCCUUCAGCUCAGAUUUGGAUCAUAUUAUACCCAUGGCUUUAGAACAUGUAGUGGAAGUUACCAGCUUGUCCCCCAGGACUACGGAGCAGGAUGUUCAUGAUUUUUUUGCAUUUUGUGGAACGAUCGAACAUGUGGACGUCAUCAGAGCCGGUGAAGACGCAUGUACAGCUUAUGUAACAUUUAAGGAUGCUUAUUCUCUAGAAACAGCAGUCUUGCUUAGUGGAGCAACUCUUUUGGACCAGACUAUAUGCAUAACACGAUGGGGAGAUGUGUCAGAAGAGCCCGGGUAUUGGAACAGAGCUGCAUGGACUCAUGAAGAUGGAUAUAGUUCAUAUGCUUCACACCAAGAAAACCAAUAUGCCUUUUCGGCUGGAGAAGCAGUGACUGUGGCUCAAGAUGUGGUCAAAACAAUGUUAGCCAAAGGAUACAUUCUGGGCAAAGACGCCUUGGGCAAAGCUAAAGCGUUUGAUGAAUCUAAUCAAGUAUCAGCCAGUGCAGCUGCCAAGGUUGCUGAAUUGAGUGAAAGAAUUGGGCUCACUGAUAAGUUUUGUGCUGGAGUUGAAGCUGUUAGAUCCGUAGACCGGAGUUACCAUAUUUCUGACACUACCAAAACAAUUAUGUCUGCUACUGGGAGAUCAGCUGCAGCUGCUGCUACAACUGUCGUAAACAGUAGUUAUUUCUCUAAAGGUGCUCUUUGGAUGUCUGAUGCAUUGAGUCGAGCUGCAAAAGCUGCUGCUGAUUUGGGUAAUAAUGGUAUUAGUAAGUAAAGUUUUAGAUGCGUGAAAGUGAGAGGUUAAUCCAAGUUUAUGUGAAAAAUAAAUAAAGAAAAGCAUAUGAAAACACUAUUUUUAAACUCCUUAUAUUUGAUAUAAAAGUUACGUGUUGAUAUCA